CAGCGGGUUGACAUUUGUUCCAAAUUGGAGACCUUGUAAAAGUUUGUUUUAUUUUAAAAAUUUAAUUUAUUGUAAUUAAUUUAUAUUGUGGAUUUAUUUAAAAUGAAAAAUUUGUUUUUAUUAGCCAUCCUGAUAUCAAUCAGUUUUAUAUCCCAACUUUAUGGCUUUCGUAUAGUGAAUGGGACGGAGGCCAAGUUCGGAGAGUUCCCAUUUGCGGUUGCGCUAAUUACAAUUUAUGGCAAUGGGAUACCCUUUUGCAGUGGCAGUUUGAUUACCUCAGUAAAUGUUUUGACAACAGCUCAUUGUUUCAGAAAACCCCAUGAUUUAUGGGGCAAAGUAGUACUUGCCGGAGAGAUUGAUCCACUUAGACCCAGUUAUGAAAGGCCACCACCCAGUAGACAGUUGCGCAGGAUCAUAUCAGUUACCAACCAUCCUAAAGCAUUUGAUGGACAAGGAAAAACGAAUAGAGAAUUUGAUGUUGGGAUAAUUAAGGUGGCGGAGGCUUUUAUCCUAUCGGCAAAUGUAGCCACUAUUUCGAUAGCAAAAAAAACUUUGCCGAAUCGAUCCUCAUGCGUUGCCAUUGGAUUUGGUCGAAAUGUAGAAGGGCCUGAUGGAUACCACAAAUCUGACAGAAAACUUCGUUAUGGGAAAUUUAUUAUAAAUUCAAGUAAGUGUGAUUUCCAGAAAGGCGCGGUUUACUGUAUUUACAGCCGUAAAAGGAUGACACUUUUCGGUGACUCGGGAGGGCCUCUCAUAGAUCGUUAUCCGUGGCAGAAGUAUCAAUAUGGGGUCGACUCUGGCAGUGUAAUCAGACCCAAAUAUAAGGUCUCGUUUUACACAAAUGUAGCGUUGCACAGAAGAUGGAUAAUCGAACAACUUGGGUACAAAUCUAGCGGAACAAGGACAUCUAAGUUUCUACUUAUAAAGAGCGUUACUUGCGGAUUCAUAUUUCAAAUUAUUUUAAAAGGACCAAAUUUUAAAUUGGUGCUAUUUUAGGGGAGGGAUCUUUGAUGGCUGUUUAAAGGGGAUGUAAAGUUACUUGACAUGAUUAACAAUAAAGCAAAGGUUGGAUUCGA